UUCAUUAAUAUUAGCAACAAUUCGCUCACAAAAUAAAAUUGCACUUGCACUCGCUUCGUCGGGAAUCGCAGCAACUUUGCUUGAAGGUGGUCGAACAGCCCAUUCAGCACUAUAAUUGCCAUUAAAUAUGCAAAGCAAUGAAACUCCAACCUGCAACAUUUCGAAGAACUCUGCAAUGGCAAAGGUUUUGCAGCAAUGUCAAUUGAUCGUUUGGGAUGAAUGCACGAUGGCACAUAAAAAAUCUUUGGAGGCUUUAGACAGAACCUUAAAAGAUCUACGGAGCAAUCAGAACCGAUUUGGUGGUGCAAUGAUUUUAUUAGCAGGAGAUUUUCGUCAAACAUUGCCAGUGAUUCCACGAUCAACGCCAGCUGAUGAACUCAACGCAUGUCUAAAGUCAUCCAAUUUGUGGAAAUAUGUCAAAGUACUUCAUUUAAGCAAGAAUAUGCGUGUUGAGUUGCUAAAUGACCAAUCUGGAAACAUAUUCUCUAAACAACUCAUUGACAUUGGUAAUGGCAAUUUUCCUAUUGACAUGUUGACUGGAUGCAUUAACUUUCCUCAAAGUUUUUGUCAUUUAACUCAAUCAAAAGAAGAACUCAUUCAGAAGGUAUUUCCAGAUGUUGCUCAAAAUUACAGAAACCAUGAUUGGUUAAGCGAACCAGCUAUAUUGGCAGCCAAAAACAUUGAUGUAAAUGAAUUAAAUUUCAAAAUUCAAGAACAAAUUACAGGCGAAUCGAGGAUAUAUAAAUCAGUUGAUUCGGCAACUAACCAAGACGAUGUAGUUAACUAUCCACCGGAAUUUUUAAACUCGCUGGAUUUGCCAGGAUUGCCACCUCACAAUCUUCAAUUAAAGGUUGGAUCGGUAAUUAUAAUGUUGCGAAAUAUCAACCAACCGCGCCUUUGCAACGGCACACGGUUAGCGAUAAAAAACUACUAAACAACGUGAUAGAAGCAACUAUAUUGAAAGGAAAGUAUAAAGGAGAAGAUGUUCUCAUACCGCGCAUCCCAAUGAUACCGACUGAUGUGCCAUUUGAGUUUAAACGACUACAGUUUCCAGUGCGGCUUGCUUUUGCUAUGACCAUAAACAAGUCCCAGGGGCAAUCAUUAAGUGUUUGUGGUAUUAAUUUGGAAAACCCAUGUUUCUCACAUGGUCAAUUGUAUGUUGCCUGUUCCCGUAUUGGAAAACCAUCAGAUUUGUUUGUCUAUGCGUCAGGUAAUCAAACAAAAAACAUCGUUUAUCACAAAGCACUACAAUGAAAAUAGAACUGAUUUUUUUUUUGUUAAUAAUUAUGAUUUACAUGAUUAAAAUUACUUACUUUUAAAUGCUUAUAGUGUUUU